AUGGGGGACCACUUUGAGAAGGGCCAGCAAGCUUUGCUCAAUGAAGGAGAAGAGAAUGAGAUGGAGAUAUUUGGCUACCGGACUCAGAGCUGCCGGAAAACCCUCUGCCUUGCUGGAUCGAUCUUCUCCUUUGGGAUCCUCCCCUUGGUGUUUUACUGGAGACCCGCUUGGCACGUGUGGGCAAAUUGCAUCCCGUGUUCCUUGCAAGAAGCAGACGUCGUGUUGCUGAGGACAACAGAUGAAUUCCAAACUUACUCUUGGAAAAAGGUAGUGUGGAUCUGCCUGUCAGCAAUGAACAGUGCAUUUGGGAUCAUUCCUGAUCACCCUCUCAUCACAGAUGAGGACUAUAUCAUAAAUAGAGCCAUAAGAAAGCCAGACCUAAAGGUGAGAUGCAUAAAAGUGCAGAAAAUAAGAUAUGUUUGGAACAACUUGGAAGGACAGUUCCAGAAAAUUGGCUCUUUGGAAGACUGGCUCAGUUCUGCCAAGAUACAUGUAAAGUUUGGAUCAGGUCUAACAACAGAAGAACAAGAGAUUAGGAGGUUAAUAUGUGGGCCAAAUACUAUCGAUGUUGAAAUCACACCCAUCUGGAAACUGCUCAUCAAGGAGGUUUUAAAUCCAUUUUACAUAUUUCAGCUCUUCAGUGUCUGUCUGUGGUUUAGCGAAGAGUAUAAGGAGUAUGCUUUUGCUAUCAUAAUCAUGUCGAUCAUUUCCAUUGCUUUGACCGUAUAUGAUCUCAGAGAGCAAUCUGUAAAGCUCCACCAUCUAGUUGAAUCACAUAAUAGCAUUACAGUCUCUGUAUGUGAGAAAAAAGCUGGAGUCCAGGAGCUGGAAUCACGCUUCCUGGUACCUGGAGAUCUAUUAAUUUUGACAGGGAACAAAGUGCAAAUGCCAUGUGAUGCCAUUCUGAUAGAUGGAAGCUGUGUGGUAGAUGAAGGCAUGCUGACAGGAGAAAGUAUUCCGGUCACUAAAACUCCAUUACCUAAAAUGGAUAGCUCUGUGCCCUGGAAAACACAGAGUGAAGCGGAUUACAAACGGCAUGUCCUCUUCUGUGGAACAGAGGUCAUCCAGGCCAGGGGGGCUUGCUCUGGCACCGUGAAAGCAGUAGUACUGCAGACAGGAUUCAACACUGCAAAGGGGGACCUCGUGAGAUCUAUUCUCUACCCCAAGCCGAUGAAUUUUAAGCUCUACAGGGAUGCCAUCAGGUUCCUCCUGUGCCUCGUAGGGACAGCCACCAUCGGGAUGAUCUACACUUUGUGCGUCUAUGUGCUCAGUGGGGAAACUCCGGAGGAGGUGGUGAAGAAAGCCCUUGAUGUCAUCACAAUCGCGGUUCCUCCCGCUCUACCUGCUGCCCUGACCACAGGCAUUAUCUAUGCCCAGCGGAGGCUGAAGAAGAGAGGCAUCUUUUGUAUUAGCCCCCAGAGGAUUAAUGUAUGUGGACAAUUAAACCUUGUCUGCUUUGACAAGACAGGUACCUUAACAAGGGAUGGCUUGGAUCUCUGGGGAGUCGUGCCCUGUGAUAGGAGUGGCUUCCAGGAAGUCCACAACUUUGCCUCAGGCAAGGCUUUGCCAUGGGGCCCACUGUAUGCAGCCAUGGCCAGCUGCCAUUCUCUGAUCCUCCUGGAUGGGACCAUCCAUGGAGACCCACUGGACCUCAAAAUGUUUGAAGCUACUACCUGGGAAAUGGUGGUUUCCGGGCAUGAUUUCCACAUCAAGGGAGCACCGGCAUGUGCCAUGGUUGUUAAGCCCUGCAAAACAACCAGCCAGGUCCCCGUGGAAGGAAUUGCAAUCCUGCAUCAGUUCCCAUUCUCAUCAGCGCUGCAGAGGAUGACAGUCAUUGUCCAAGAGAUGGGGGGUGACUGGCUGGCGUUCAUGAAAGGUGCACCAGAGAGGGUGGCCAGCUUUUGCCAACCUGAGACAGUACCAACUAGUUUUGUUAGUGAACUUCAGAUUUACACGACACAGGGCUUCCGGGUCAUAGGACUGGCCUACAAAAAGCUGGAAAUGGACCAUCAUACCACUGCUUUGAUGAGGGACCAGGUAGAAUCAGACCUGAUAUUUCUGGGAUUGCUGAUCUUGGAGAAUCGACUGAAGGAAGAGACAAAACCUGCCCUGGAAGAGCUCAUCUCAGCCCGGAUAAGGACUGUAAUGAUCACAGGUGACAAUCUUCAGACUGCAAUAACAGUGGCCAGAAAGUCUGGAAUGGUUUCUGAAAGCCAGAAAGUCAUUCUCAUUGAAGCAAAUGAAACUACUGAGUCCUCAUCAGCAUGUAUAUCUUGGCAAUUAGUCGAAGAGAAGAAACAUAUUGCUUAUAGGAAUCAGGACAAUUACAUUAACAUCAGGGAAGAAGUCUCUGAUAACAGCAGAGAAGGAAGUUACCAUUUUGCCCUAAGUGGAAAAUCGUUCCAGGUUAUAAGUCAACAUUUUGGCAGCCUACUGCCAAAGAUAUUGAUCAAUGGGACCAUCUUUGCAAGAAUGUCUCCAGGGCAGAAAUCCAGUCUGGUGGAAGAAUUUCAGAAACUAGAUUACUUUGUAGGUAUGUGUGGUGACGGAGCCAAUGACUGUGGGGCUUUGAAAAUGGCUCACGUGGGCGUCUCUUUAUCAGAGCAGGAGGCAUCUGUGGCCUCACCUUUCACUUCCAAAACUCCAAACAUUCAAUGUGUACCUCACCUUAUCAAGGAAGGACGUGCAGCUCUCGUUACCUCAUUUUGCAUGUUUAAGUACAUGGCUCUGUACAGCAUGAUUCAGUAUGUUGGUGUUCUGCUGCUCUACUGGGAGACAAACAGCCUUUCAAAUUACCAGUUUCUGUUCCAGGAUCUGGCCAUUACAACUCUUAUUGGUGUAACAAUGAAUUUGAAUGGUGCCUAUCCCAAGCUGGUGCCUUUCAGACCUGCAGGACGGCUGAUCUCCCCGCCUCUGCUGCUCUCUGUGAUUCUCAACAUUCUUCUCAGCCUGGCCAUGCACAUUGUGGGCUUCAUUCUGGUUCAGAGGCAGCCUUGGUAUUCCAUGGGGAUGCACAGUACCUGCACAGUGCAAAAUGAAACCACCUCAAAGUUAACCAUUUCUCCAACUGCUCCGGAUAAGAUCGGAAGUAAUGGUGUCUUCACAAGUUUUGAGAACACUACUAUAUGGUUCUUGGGAACAAUCAACUGUAUCAUUGUGGCUCUUGUCUUCUCUAAAGGAAAACCAUUUAGGCAGCCCACAUACACAAACUAUAUAUUUGUCCUUGUGCUGGUCAUACAGCUGAGUGUGUGUCUAUUCAUUCUGUUUGCCGAUAUUCCAGAAUUAUAUAGGCGUCUGGAUCUGCUCUGCACUCCUGUCCUGUGGAGGGUCUACAUUGUCAUUAUGCUCGGCUCCAAUUUCAUUGUGUCCCUUGUCGUGGAGGAGGUCAUCAUUGAAAAUAGAGCCCUGUGGAUGAUAAUCAAAAGAUGCUUUGGCUAUCAAUCAAAGAGCCAGUAUCGGAUAUGGCAGAGGGCCUUGGCAAAUGACCCCAGUUGGCCCCCCAUAAACCAGACCUCCUACUCUGACAUGCCGGCGUGUGGCAGGGGAGUGUCUUAUAGCAACCCGGUGUUUGAGAGCAACGAGGAACAACUUUGA